AUUACCUUUCUCAAGGGAUAGAUCUCUCUGGAAUAGAAGUAAUUGAAAAUGACCUGCUUUUUAUCGCAAGAGCUCGGCUUGAGGUGGAAAAUCAGGCUAAAAGGUUGCUUGAGCAAGGUGUGGAGACUCAGAAUCCUACUCAAGUGGGAACUGCUCUUCAGGUUUUCCAUAACCUUGGGACUUUGAAGGAUACCAUUGCUAAUGUGGUAGACGGAUACUGUGCAGUCCUGGAGGAGAACAUAAAAAAUGCUUUGGAUAUCAAAGUAUUGACCCAACCAUCUCAAACUGUUACAAGAGGUGGCCCUGGUAGAGCUGCUAUGCCAACACCUGGGAACACAGCAGCUUUUCGAGCAGCCCUCUGGACAAACAUGGAGAAACUCAUGGAUCAGAUCUGUGCUGCUUGCGGACAGGUGCAGCAUUUGCAGAAAGUAUUGACAAAGAAAAGAGAUCCUGUGUCACAUGUCUGCUUCAUAGAGGAAAUAGUUAAGGAUGGCCAGUCUGAUAUUUUGUACAAAUUCUGGACUGCAGUAACUCAGACACUUUCCUCUCAGUUUCAGUCAGCAACAGACUCCUCUAUGUUUUUGAAACAAGCUUUUGAAGGAGAAUACCCUAAAUUACUGAGGCUUUACAAUGACUUGUGGAAGCGCCUGCAACAAUAUAGUCAAAAUAUUCAGAGGAAUUUUAACACAAAUGGAACUACUGAUCUCUUUGCUGAACUACAACAAAUGGAAGAAGAUACACAGGACAUAUUCAUGCAAAAAAACCAAGAUUAUGAUCCAGAAAAGGCAUUGAAAGAUUCCUUGCAACAGUAUGAAGCUGCUUAUUUGUCAAAAUCCUUAUCUCGGCUCUUUGACCCCAUCAAUCUUGUCUUCCCUCCUGGAGGUCGGAAUCCUCCUUCUUCUGACGAGCUUGACAGCAUCGUUAAAACUAUAGCCAGUGAGCUAAAUGUGGCUGCUGUUGAUCCGGACCUGAGUUUAGCUGUGGCAAAAAAUGUGGCAAAGACCAUUCAGCUCUAUGGUGUAAAGUCUGAGCAGCUUCUUUCUACUCAAGGAGAUGCCAGUCAGGUGAUUGGACCUCUCACAGAGGGUCAGAGGAGGAACGUGGCCGUGGUGAAUUCACUGUACAAACUGCACCAGUCGGUUCUGAAGGUCAUUACCAACCAGAGCUCCUUUCCAGCAGCCGCUGAGCAAACAGUCACAACUGCGUUAAAGGCAGUCCAUGAUCUAAUGGGUAGUGCUGUUCAACCAUUACUGAACUCUGUAGGAGAUUCGGUAGAAGCUAUUAUCAUCACUAUGCACCAGGAAGAUUUUUCUGGAUCAUUAUCCAGCUCAGGAAAACCAGAUGUCCCUUGUUCUUUGUACAUGAAAGAACUACAGGGUUUUAUAGCAAGAGUCAUGAGCGACUACUUCAGACAUUUUGAGUGUUUUGACUUUGUCUUUGAUAACACUGAAGCCAUGGCUCAAAGAGCAAUUGAACUUUUCAUUCGCAAUGCCAGUCUAAUAAGACCCCUCGGUGAAGGUGGGAAGAUGCGGCUUGCGGCGGAUUUUGCACAGAUGGAGUUAGCAGUAGCACCGCUGUGUCGGCGAGUCUCUGACCUAGGAAAAUCUUACAGACAGCUGAGGUCGUUCAGACCGCUGCUGUUCCAGACCAGUGAGCAUAUUGCCAGUAGCCCAGCUCUGGGAGAAGUUAUUCCAUUCAGCAUUAUUCUUCAGUUCUUAUUUACAAGAGCACCACCAGAGUUAAAAUCACCCUUCCAGAGGGCUGAGUGGUCCAUUGCCCGCUACUCCCAGUGGCUUGAUGAUCAUCCAUCUGAAAAAGACAGGCUUGCUCUCAUACGUGGUGCCCUGGAAGCCUAUGUUCAGUCAGUGAGGACAAGAGAGGGGAAGGAGUUUGCCCCUGUCUAUCCCAUAAUGGUUCAGCUGCUGCAGAAAGCGAUGACGACCCUUCAGUGA